AUGAAACGCAAAGCUUCCUUCUCAACCAUACUCUCUCCCCGUUCCUCAACAUCCUUCUACGACCGCACUGUCUCCCCCAUCCCUUGCUCGCUCAGCGAUGCCAUGGCCAUAGACGAAACUCCCCAACAUCUCCAUAGUCGGACAAGGAAACGGUUCAAAAACGAUCGUCCAGACGAACAGGCUGUUUAUGACAACACUCUUCGCUGGCUCUUCUCUGCCCAGAAGCAGGCAGAGAACAAUGAUUUCUACACAGAAACCACCACGCCCAGCGGUGAUGGCCUGGACAAUGUCGAAGAAGACACGUCCUUGGAAGAUGACACCAUGACCGCUUUACCGAAACCCGACCCUUCCCAAAGGACACUGCAUCAUUUCUUUCGCCCUGCAUCCGCACCGGCCCGUGUAUCCUCAUCAGGCUCGGACACCACACGACCAAACACAGACACAAACUCGUCACUAUCAACGCCCGCAAACAUGGUGUCGCAGACACCCAGUUUUGCAUCUACUUGGUCAGGCAAUGCCUCGCUCUCACCUAACCCCGGACCUGGCGCUGGUACAGGUGAAAGUGAGGAUGUUGACAUGGAUAGGGAAGUCCAGACGUUUACAGCUAGUGCCACUGCAUUGACUCCGGCGUAUCAGCAGAGAUCCUGGAUGGAUGGGAAGGACUUUACACACCCUGCUGCCUGCUACUACCUCCUCAGCUAG